GAUUGGCAGAAAGACAUUUGUUUGCCACAGCGGCCUUGCCUGAGUGGGAGCUAGUAUAAUAGUUCCGAGUGAAGUUGAACUCCGGUGUUCAGAGCAAAAAGUCAGAAAGUGCUAGCCGGUGUGUGAAGUGUUUGUGAUUGAACCGAGGGGGUUUUGUGUACUUUCACUGAUUAGAAAUACUUCGUCGCUCCUGCGAAAAUGAGCAAGUCCAGCCAAUUAACUAUUAUUGCGGUCGAAGGGGAGGAUUUACGUUGGCCCACAUCUCUAGGGUCACACGGAUCAGAUGCAAUGCAUACUGACCCAGAUUACUCUUGCGUCUAUGUGACCAUCCGGACUAGCGGUGGGGCUUACGGUAACGGUCUCACCUUUACAUGCGGAAGGGGAACAGAUGUUGUCCUUUUAGCAGUACGGAGCAUGAAGUUCUUGGUGGAAGGGAAAAAUGCAGAUGACAUUUUCUCUAAUUUUGGAACGUUUUGGCGUCAGUUGACCAGUGAGUCACAACUGAGAUGGAUUGGGCCCGAAAAGGGAGUAACCCACCUAGCAGUAGCUGCGAUAAUCAACGCACUAUGGGAUCUUUGGGCAAAGUUAGAAAACAAGCCAGUCUGGAGAUUGUUGGCCGAUCUUGAACCUGAGGUCUUAGUAUCAACUAUUGAUUUUCGCUACAUAACUGAUGUUAUAACGAAAGAGGAAGCAAUCGAAUUAUUGAAAAAACAAAAGGCUGGAAAGGAGGCACGCAUAAAGGAUCUACUUGACAACGGUUACCCAGCUUAUACAACUCAAGUUGGUUGGCUUGGCUAUUCUGACGACAGGAUUCGUGAUCUUUGCAAGGAAUACUUGGACAAAGGAUUUACUGCUUUUAAAUUGAAAGUCGGUCGUGAUUUGGAGAAUGAUAGAUUACGAUGCCGUCUUAUUCGUGAUGCUAUCGGAUGGGAAAAUAAGUUGAUGAUUGAUGCAAAUCAAAUCUGGGAUGUUGACCAAGCCAUUGAAUGGGUCAAACAACUUGCGGAAUUCAAGCCACUUUGGAUCGAAGAGCCCACUUCGCCCGAUGAUAUUCUGGGCCAUGCUAAAAUUUCGGAAGCCCUUAGGCCACUGAAAAUUGGUGUUGCAACGGGAGAAAUGUGCGCAAAUCGGGUUAUGUUUAAGCAGUUCCUUCAGGCUGAUGCCAUGCAAUUCUGUCAAAUCGACUCCGCCCGAAUUGGAGGAAUUAACGAGAUUUUAGCUGUUUAUCUGAUGGCCAUGAAAUUGAAUGUUCGCGUUUGCCCUCAUGCUGGCGGAGUUGGGCUUUGCGAAAUGGUUCAGCAUCUUCAAAUGUGGGAUUAUGUUUCACUUUCUGGAACAAAGGAGGAUCGCGUUAUUGAAUUCAUCGACCAACAGCACGAUCAGUUCAUCAACCCAGCCACAGUUAAAAAUGCAUGUUACGUGGCUCCGAGAGCACCAGGUUACAGCACUGAACUAAAGCAAAGUGCUAUCGAAAAUUACCGCUAUCCUCAUGGAAAAGAAUGGGAAAGGAUGUUUGCUGAAGGAAUUUUCCAAUAUAAUAAAUACUGAGAAUUUUGCAGAAGUGCCUUUAAAAUGCUCUGAAAAUGGUUGAAUAAAACAAAUGUAAAGCAUUUAAUGAAAUUAAUCUAAAUAAAAUAUGCUUAUUACUGGCA